AGGUCCUCAAACAAUUUUGUGAUUCGUGAAUUCUUCGCUUCUUGUUUUUGUUGUAUUGCGUGUUAUCAUCAACUUAGAUGGCUGAGUUGCCCAAGUCUGCCGAAACACCAUCUUCGUUCCCACGUGAGGAUGGUACUUCUCAUCCACGGCCAACUUCUGCACAGCAUCGUCAAACGGUUGUGCCAAUGUUCGUUAGUGCUCGGCAAUCGAUUUAUGGUCCUUGUCCUGUUGAAAUGGAUUGCCCACAUUGUCAGGCGCACAUUGUGUCGCACAUCGAGCGUAUAGCUGGUAGUCUACCUUGGAUUCUUUGCGGUGUUUUGGUUCUUCUUGGCUUCUUCUUGUUCCUUGUCCCCUGGUUGUUCUGCUGCCUUCCUUUCUGCGUAGAUCAAUGCCUCGAUGUCGUUCACUCAUGUCCUGCCUGCAAGCGCAAUCUUGGUCGUUUCAAGCGUGUUUAAUCCGGUAGCACCCCAUGCACUUGAGCUAGCUCAUACAAAUAAUCGCACAUAUUAAUGCCCCAUCUUCAUGCGAGGUCUCACAAUUUCUUCAGUCCUGCUGCUAUUUUGCUAUUUUUCAAUCUCCAUUUCCAUCGAAAGCGGCUGUUUCGGCUACUGAAAACUGCGCUUAUUCGUCGCUAUCCACCUUUUUGAUUUCUCUUUCGUUCUGUCUUGUGAGAUUGAACUGCAUUCAUGAUAGCUUUAAUUGUCAACAUUUAUUGCUCAGUAGUAGAUCUUAAAUUGAAUUUAAUUUCAUUUCUGUUAUUAACUUUUAGUAUUAUUGGUUCUACCCACGUUUUCGUCACCAGCCCAACUUUCUUAUCACUAAGGCAGCUUCUGAUUGAUGAAGUUUUGGACGUGUACUAUUUUCUAGUGACGGGCCUUCCAUUACCUUAUACUGUUGUGGCCUACUGCUACUUUGCUAAGUCUCGAGCUUCCCCAGAUUUCUAUUGCAUAUGUUAUUUACUGCAUAAUAUCCCACAGUAUUGUUGUUUGUGCUCUCUUUCUUUCUCUUCCUUUUAGCUUUCAGAUGGGUUAGACUGCUGUGCAGUGCGAUUUUUCCAAUUGUCUUUAUAUAUUUAUGUUUUUAUUAUGCAGUGCCGG